AUGUCUAUGGACGCGUUCCCGUUCUUUGGGAAGCCGAUGAUGGCAAUCGGCGGCAUUCUCGCCUUGUUGAUCAUCGUCGAUUUGAUCAACCUGGGCGUGGUGAUCAAGGUUUACGUUGAUAUACACAACGAUGACGUCGGGAGUUCAACAGCAGAACGGCGUCUUUCGCUGACCAUCCUCAUCAAGUCGGCCGUAUCGGUGAUCGUGUGGACGAUAAUUUCGAUUUUUGCCAUUGUCUUUAUCAAACGAGGGCAAGUUAGUCGCGUGUUCCGACUCAGCCUCCGGCUUUUGAUCAUGGGCCUGAUCGCCAACAUCCCGCAAAUCGUCUUCGGCGCCGGGUACAGCCUCUAUGGCGUGAUCGUGAUGGCCGCGAUCCUCAUCGUGAUUGCCAUCGUCCAAUUCGUCGUCGUGCUGAUGUACCGACGAAAUAUGGCCGAUGCCGGGUUUUGCGACCCGAAAGGGAACCCGAUCCAGGGUCGU